UUGCGCGCGGCGUUGGAGGGCUUCGCGCCGGAGGCCCACGUAAAGGCCGUAAAUUAUCGUUCCUCUCGGUUUGUCAGUGCGCGGGACGAGGCCGUUUCUCAUAACCCCCCCGAGCGCCGGUGCCCCGGCGGCCCCGGGUGGCGCGGCGGGGCCCAUGCGGGACGAGCACUGAAGAGGAACCAGAAACUCAAUAAACGCGGCCCGGAGGGCGGGGGGGAGCUGAAGGGCGCGCUUGUCAUGAUGGAGGCUGCAGUGAGCGCUCCAGUGGCUGCUGAGAAUCACCCCUCUCUCCUCAGCAGACCCCUCAGAGUGGGCAGACCCAUCCUCCCCGUCUCCGUCUGCGUCCCCACGUCUGCCACACACCCACCGCUCACGUCCUCUCCAGUGGUGUCAGUCGGCUUUGCCAGGUUUCAUCCUAACCUGGUAGUCGGGGGGACAUACUCGGGGCAGAUUGUCCUGUGGGACAACCGCAGUCAUCGCCGGACCCCUGUCCAGAGGACCCCCCUCUCUGCCGCCGCGCACACUCACCCGGUGUACUGCGUGAACGUGGUCGGCACCCAGAACGCCAACAACCUGAUCACUGUGUCUACAGACGGCAGGAUGUGCUCCUGGAGCCUGGACAUGCUCUCCCAGCCGCAGGAGACCAUGGAACUGGCGUACAACAAAUCCAAACCUGUGGCGGUGACAGGCAUGGCCUUCCCCACGGGAGACGUGAACAACUACGUGGUGGGCAGCGAGGAGGGCACCGUGUACACGGCAUCCAGACACGGCAGUAAGGCGGGCAUCUGUGAGAUGUUCGAGGGCCACCAGGGCCCCGUCACCGGCAUCAGCUGCCACAGCGCCGUGGGCACCGUGGACUUCUCCCACCUCUUCAUCACCUCCUCCUUCGACUGGACCAUCAAACUCUGGAGCACCAAGAUGGAUGUGAUUGAGGCGCGGUGUCACUAUGACACAGAGCGUCCACUAGAGAGCACUGACAAGUUUCCCGUUCCUGCGUUCCACCUCCUGAUGAGCUCCAUAAUGAGCUCUGAGCCGUACACGGUUUUAUGGCGCUGUGUGAAUGUGCGAGGCUUUUUAAUUAGGCCCUGCACCCAGACAGGCCCCAAGGCUGAGGCAGCGCCGCUCUGUCUGAAGCCGGCCCGCUCCCUCUCUCCAUUCCUCCUCGCUGCGUCUCUCCUCCGCCUGUCUCCACACAACAAGCCUCUGUACUCGUUUGAGGACAACGCCGACUACGUGUACGACGUCAUGUGGUCGCCCGUGCACCCGGCCCUGUUUGCCGCCGUGGACGGCAUGGGCCGCCUGGACCUGUGGAACCUCAACAACGACACAGAGGUGCGUGCAGUCCACUCGGCCCGGCUGGCCUUUCGCAUUUCUCCACAACGUUGCGUGAGCGGCGACCUCAGGACCCCACCGCCUCGGCCCAUCUUCCUCCCACACUGCGUCCCAUCAGAGGAGCGUGCAGAUGUGCUGGAGACCGCCAGCCCCAGCCCUCAGUCCACAGUCCCAUGA